UCGUCGAAGCAGUCAAAGAUAAAAGAUGUUGUGAAACGAACCGCACUUCGUCCGAAGAACCUCGUCUCAGACGAUCACGUCUACGUAUUCGAAGGGGAAGACGAUGACGUAUGGCAGAUUUCAGAGAAGUGCGUUGUCGACGUCAUGCAAUACUACAGGGAUCUCAUCAACGGAGUAUAUUACGCUGACAGAAUGAGAGCAUCGGCUGGUCGGAUCCCACGUGGUGCACAGUACACAGGGACCCUCAAGGAUCUGGGGAAUAUCUGGCUUUGUACUUCAACUUUGAAAAAUGAAACAUCAAAUGUUCCACAGUUCAACGGAAAGUACUGCCCUUCAGCAAUUCGAGACACGGGUAUUAUUCUUGGAAGUUGCUGGCCAGAUAGCUGCUCAGAGAUGGAUGUCAAUUCUAUUUCAUCGUUAUUUUGGAGUGAGGUUGUAAAGGUCGAACCAUUUAUGUACUUCGACUGCCAAGAACGGAGGCCGUGGACGACAGCGGAUAUCGGUUUUAGUGUUGCUAUGUGCUUCUUCGCUCUGAUGGUUGGCCUUGGAUCCUUCUACGAGGUCUUCCUCCAGAAACUGGUCAUAGAUAAAAUGAAAGGGAACGACAAACAGAAUAAGGUGCACACGACCAACGUUAAGAACACCAUGGAAACCCAAUUCGAAGCCGACCACGAAUCCGAGCACGCACUCAGUCACGCAAGCGACCGCGUGUCCGACCACAUCACCUCAUCGGCUGACUGGGAGGAGAGAAAAGUCGAGGUAAUCGCAAAGACGGAGGAGGAGAUGGAGGGAGGAGCCAGGAUCAAUGGGGGAUUCAAAGUAGAUGGCGAGGAAACUCCUACUGAUGUGACAGAAGUGAAGAAAGUGCCUUUCAAAAUGGAGGAUGCAGAAGAUGGAGACGCUGGGGGGAAACCCCCAAAAUGCAAUCUUAAAUGGGCUCUCCUUCAUGCUAUCAUGAUAUCGUUCUCCAUUGUGAGUAACUGCAAGAAGGUCUUACGUGCCAAGAAGACGAAAGACACCAUGGCGGUCAUAAAUGGGUUGAGAGUCCUCAGUAUUUUCUGGGUCAUGCUCUGUCAUUCACUCCAAUACACAGCAACCUAUCGCACCGGUAACCCACUGCAGGCGAUUGAUGUCAUAGUCGACCACAUGGCAUUUAAUGGUGUUACGUCGGGUAGCUAUUCUGUGGAUACUUUCUUCGUUUUGAGCGGAUUUUUAGUUGGUUACAUGACGUUAAAGCGAAUAGACGACAAGACGUUGGAAAGCGCUGGAAGUUGGGUUAUGUUUUACUUUCACCGCUGGUGGCGCCUCACCCCUGUCUACAUGGCGGCCAUGGGCAUCUGGGCUUUGUGGUGGCCCCACUUUGGCGAUGGUCGAAGUGUGAUGGCCGAUGAAACCUACGAUUUCUACCAGGGGUGGUGUAGGAAACAGUGGUGGACCCACCCACUUUAUAUCAACAACAUCUAUCCGUGGCCCAACGUCUAUAACAAUGCGUGUAUGAGAUGGUCCUGGUAUCUUGCCUGCGACAUGCAAUUCUUCAUCAUCAGUCCUAUCAUUCUCAUCAUCCUCUACAAGAAUGUCAAAGCAGGCAUGGCACUUGUUACAACUGUAUUACUGGUGUCUCUCGGAUCGCUAUUUGGUGUCUCAUGGUAUUACGGAUAUCCGAUCAACGGCCAACCUCUUUAUAACGAUCACGUACCUGACCCGCCGGACGCCGAUGUAGCUUACACAAAACCAUACACGAGGAUCCCUCCCUAUCUAGUCGGUUUGGUAUUAGGUUAUUUCAUAUUUAAACUUAGAGGGGAGAGAGUCAAAAUAUCUAAGUAUAUUGCAGUAACUGGGUGGAUUCUAGCUCUCGCGUCCCUGUUUGCGAUUGUCUACGGUACCUGGUCCGGUUCUGACCGCUAUGUACCGCAGAUCGAAGCGGUUAUAUACCUGACGUUUACCCGCGUCGGUUGGGGCGUGGCCAUCUGCUGGAUCAUAUUCGCUUGCCUCCAGGGAUAUGGAGGUCCUGUCGGUGUAUUCUUGGAGUGGAGCUUCUGGAUUCCUCUUGGUCGUCUUAGUUACUGUAUCUACCUGGUUCAUCCCAUUGUGAUGUACAGUGUCAUCUUCACGCAACAAGUUCUCUUCCAUUUCACCUACGUCUCAGUGGCAUACCUGUAUGUAGGGAACGUGGUAUUUUCCUGCGCAGCCGCUCUCAUCCUCUCUCUCCUGGUAGAGGGACCUAUCAUGGGACUUGAAAAGGUCAUGUUCGGAAAGUUCAAGAGGUCAUAGGUCAACCAAUGCCGUUUACGAUUUAAGAACCAAUUACAUUACAUUCUAUAAUUCAAAGCCUAAUUUCAUGUUCAUAUUUCAUAUAAGUACUUAAACUUACUUUUCAGUUAGAGUGAAAUUGAUAAUGAAGUUUUUUAAGUCUUUUCAUUUUCCCCAAUACAUUUGAAUAUAUAAUCUCUUCCAAUAAAAAGUGAUUACUCCCAGUGUAUAGUAGGUAUUUUAAAGCGCCCCACCCCCCCUUAAACAAAGUUUACUAGAUACCGACAUGUUAGCCAUUCUUUAAUUUGCUUCAAUAUCAUGUUUUUAACUCUUUAUGUGCCCUGAAAUUAUCUCAACGUGUUACAUUGCAUUUAAAGCUAUACCAAUGCAUUCGAGAUAAAAGUUUUUCUAGGGUAAAAAUUAAUCUUCUGAAGUUUUACAAGGAUUGUCAUAAUUAUGGCAUAUCAAGACCAGAAAUUGGUACUUUUGCAAAGAUUUUUGUGUUGCAUAGAGCAAACCUUUAUGAAUUGAUGCCUGCUGUUUUGUGCCAAUUGGCACUUGUCGCGAAGGAAUGGCUGAAGAGCUAUAUCGAACAAAUGACAAAUGAAAAAUAAAAGUAUCUUAAUUUAAUAUUGAA